AUGUCAGCCCUGUUGCAUGCCACUCAAAGCUCGUCCGUGUAUCUUUACGCGGCCUCUUCUGUGCUCCUGCUUGGAGCAUUUGCCUUCUUGUAUCAUGUCUUCGACCUCGGCGGGCCGAAGAUCCCCAAAGGAUUGCGAGCCGCUCCUUCGCCACCGGGUGCGAGACUAUUCACUGGCCAUACGCACAUCUACGCCGGCCAAGUGACCAGCAAUCCAAGCGAGUCACAACUCGUCAGAUGGGCAGAAGAGCUAGGUGAAAUCUAUCAGAUUCAAUUGGGAACCCAGCGCUGGGUCGUCCUUAGCUCUCCCGAGGCUAUCAAAGAUGUCUUUGACAGACAAGGUACCUUGACGUCGAGCAGGGCUACCAAUCGUGUUGCCAUGGGCGUCCUUUCUGGUGGUUAUCGUAUGCUCUUCAUGCCGUACGGGAAACAAUGGCGCGACAUUCGUGCCAUCGUCCAUCGCUGCUUGACGGUCAAAUCUGCAGAUGGCAUGAAGUCAUCCCAAGACCUCGAGUCUCGACGUUAUCUGUACGACCUAUUGACCGAGCCUGCCAAUUUCUGGAACCACGUCAAACGCUACUCGACAAGUGUGAUCAUGUACGCCACAUACGGCAGACGUAUCCUUACCCUCGGAGACCCAGUACUCAACGAUAUAUACACAGAGACCGGCGUAUUCGGCGAAUGCUUCGGACAACUCCACUUGGUCGACCAGUAUCCCAUCCUGGAGAACUUACCGAAAUCGCUGCAAUGGUGGCGCAAGAAAUAUGAGCCAUAUCAUCAAAAGGAGCUACAGCUCUGGCUUGGGUUGUGGCGUGCACUGAAAAGUCAGGUAGCGAAGGGCAUUUAUACAGGCUGUUUCGCGGAGAAGUUCAUGGAGAACGACUACCCUAAAAUGGGCAUUUCUGAGAACCAGGCAGCGUAUGUGGCCGGGACGAUGAUCGAGGCUGGAAGUGACACUACCCAGCUUACACUGAACAGCUUGAUUCUGGGACUGCUCGCAUUUCCUGACACAGUUCAAAAAGCACACGAAGAACUGGAUAGAGUCGUUGGUCAACGGAUGCCGACUUUUGAAGAUUCUGACCGGCUACCCUAUAUCCGCGCCAUGGUCAAAGAGGUACUGAGAUGGCGGACUGCUUCAAAUGAUCACUUCCAACAUCUCACCACUGGCGACGUCAUAUACAAGGAUUAUUUUAUCCCUGCAGGCUCAUAUGUUGUCGGUAAUGUAUGGGCUCUCAACUUUGAUCCGGUCAUGUUCCCCGACCCUCAACGUUUUAACCCGGAUCGAUAUCUCGACAAAAAGGCGAACAAUAUGACUGCCGGCGAGUGCAUCAACGCGCAGGAUCCUCGGCAGCGAGAUCACUGGGGUUUUGGAGCUGGACGACGUGUCUGUGCGGGCUACACUUUGGCCGAGAACUCACUGUUCAUACUUACUGCGCGGUUGUUGUGGGCUUUCGAUGUCCGGGCGCCGAUUGAUAAGACUACCGGCAAGCCUCUGGAGUAUGACCUGUGGGAUUUCCCGGCGACGAAUAUGUUUGGGCCUAAUCCGUUCCGCGCGGACUUCAAGGUUAGGGAUUCAGGAAGGGAGAAACAGAUCCUAGAUGGCCUCGAUGCGUUCAGGAGUGACUUCAACUAG